AUGGAGGACAGCAUCCUCUGCCUUUUGUGUGAUGAAGAGCCAUUCUUUGGAACCCCCAUUGCCUCGCCACAAACCAGCCCUCAGCUCGCCUCUUCUGCCCUAUCCAAGUCUCCGUCCCCGCCGAUCGUUAGCCGCGCAGAAACAGAGAGUUUCUUUCUUGAUCUUCUGGAAAGAGAGCAUAUCUAUGCGCCAUGCCGUGGCUACCGUGAGCGACUGCAUCAAACCUCCGAUCUGCCAUUGGCGAGAACCAGAGCGAUAAGAUAUGUCAUCUCGGUUUGCAGGCGGCUAAAUUUAGGUGUUGGGACGGCAUUCAAUGCUGUGAAUUAUCUCGACAGGUUCAUCUCCAUGAACUCUAGUGUGAAAUGGGAGGAAUGGAUGACGGAGCUGCUAUCGAUUGCUUGUUUGUCCAUUGCUUCCAAGAUGGACGAGGCCUCUGUUCCUCCACUGCACGAUCUCCAGGUCCGUCUCUGUUCAUGA